UGCAGGAACGUGUUCUUUUUCUACUUUCCGUUUGAUUUUAUUUCCUUAUUAUUAUUGUUAUUAUUAUUAUUGUUCUAAUUAUAAUUAUCAUUAUUGUUAAAUAUUUAUUUCGCGUUCGGUUCGGUUCGCUUCGGUUUCGUUUGGUUUUUCGUUCCUUUUGCCGUUUAGUUAACGUUUUUCAAAUACCAAGCAAAAGUAAAACAUAAUCAACGCCAAUUAAUUUGCAUAAGUUAUCGCCUAUCUUUCGGUUUAUUUUGUUUUUUUGAUUGAUACAAAAAAACACGUGAGAUAAGCAAUCCCCAAAUAAAUACAAAUAAUAAUAAUAAUAAAUAAUACUAAAAAGUGUUUCGUAAUCGCGUCGAAAUCUAAAGAGCAACAAGUCUUAUUUACAUUUCUGAAUUUUGGAUUUGUUUUCAAAUGCAAAGUUAACUUUCGGACGUAAAAUACAUACAAAAAUACAUCUAUAUAUAUAUAUGUAUAAACAUCUAUAUAUAUAUAUAUAACGUAUACGUAGUGGGCACCCUUUAGCGCACUUAUAACUAGGCUUUAGAAAAAGGUUCAACUUAAAUCAAUUUCUGUUUUCAACUACCAUUUGCUCGUCUUGUGCGUAUUGAGAUUUUGAAACGCAUUACAGCAGUAUUAUCUAAAAGCGAACUCUUAAAUCUAUUUUUAUUUUCAUUUCACAAGCAAGAAAGCACAGCAUCGCAAUGGUCGAGGGUCAGACAGCGGUUCAACAGCAGCAGCAGCAGCAGCAAUCAUCGGGCACUGGCAGCGCUAGUGCUGGCACUGGUGGUGGCACGGCUAGUGGCGCCUCCGCUGGCGCUGGUGUGGCCAACAGUCAGGCGCAGCAGAAUGGUGGCUCGACGGCCACAGCAACUGCUGUGGCUGCGGCUGCUGCUCCGGCUGCAACAACCAAUAACAAUGCGGCGGCCAACAGCAACAGCAACAAUAACAACAACAAUAACAACAAUGCCGCCACAAACAACAACAACAAUAAUAAUAACAACAAUAACAACAACAAUAAUAACAACAAUAACAACAACAACGAACCGGAUCCAAAAACCAAUUUAAUUGUGAACUACUUGCCACAGACGAUGUCACAGGACGAAAUCCGUUCAUUGUUCGUCAGCUUUGGAGAGGUGGAGAGCUGCAAGUUGAUACGCGAUAAGGUGACAGGUCAAAGUCUGGGCUAUGGCUUUGUCAACUACGUGAAGCAAGAGGAUGCGGAGAAGGCUAUCAAUGCAUUGAAUGGUCUACGUCUGCAAAACAAAACCAUCAAGGUCUCCAUUGCACGCCCCAGCUCGGAGAGCAUCAAGGGCGCCAAUCUAUAUGUAUCGGGUCUUCCAAAGAAUAUGACACAGUCCGAUUUGGAAUCGUUGUUCAGUCCAUACGGCAAGAUCAUAACUUCGCGCAUACUUUGUGAUAAUAUCACUGGUCUCUCCAAGGGCGUUGGCUUUAUACGCUUCGAUCAGCGCUUCGAGGCUGAUCGCGCCAUCAAGGAGCUAAACGGCACCACACCGAAAAAUUCCACCGAACCGAUAACCGUUAAGUUUGCCAACAAUCCCAGCAGCAACAAGAACAGCAUGCAACCGCUGGCCGCCUACAUUGCGCCACAGAAUACGCGCGGCGGACGCGCCUUUCCAGCCAAUGCGGCCGCCGGUGCCGCUGCGGCAGCCGCUGCUGCUGCCAUUCAUCCCAACGCGGGCCGUUACAGCUCUGUGAUCUCACGCUAUUCGCCGCUCACCAGUGAUCUAAUUACCAAUGGCAUGAUACAGGGCAAUACCAUAACUAGCUCCGGCUGGUGCAUUUUCGUCUACAAUCUGGCGCCCGAAACCGAAGAGAAUGUGCUCUGGCAGCUGUUCGGACCAUUUGGCGCUGUGCAGUCGGUCAAGGUAAUACGCGACUUGCAGAGCAACAAGUGCAAGGGCUUUGGCUUUGUCACCAUGACCAACUAUGAGGAGGCGGUGCUGGCCAUCCAAUCGCUCAAUGGCUAUACGCUGGGCAAUCGGGUACUUCAGGUCAGCUUCAAGACUAACAAAAAUAAGCAAACGUAAUUAUUAACCAAGUUGGCUGCUGUUGUCAAUGCCAAUGCGGCGGCAGCGGCGUUAGCUGCCAAUAGUUUGGUGCUCAAUCAUAGUCACAGUAACAACAACAAUUACAACAACCACAUCAUGAACAACAUCAACAACAAAAGCAACAACCAUCAACCAUUUGGCAAAUAUGCUAAUCACGGCAGCAACAACAACAACAACAGACAGCACAACAGCAAUAACAAACAGAAACAGCAGACAACUUCGAGCAGUAACAACAACAACAACAACAACAAAAACACGCUGACAACAACAAAAUCGAAUGCAGCAACAACCACAGCGAGCAAUCGUCACAGCAAACCGCCCACAAACAGCAACAUAACAAGCAACAACAACAAGAGCACCACCUCCCAUGCCACGCCCCACAGCGAAGGCGGCGCCAGCUCGACCAGCAACAGCAACAUAUUGAAAACCUCGACGAAAUUCAUCUACAAUAAGCCGCAAAAUCAUUUCGAAUUGCUGCAACAGCAGCUGCAGCUGCAGCAGGAGUUUGCCCAGUUCCUUACCAAUGUGGCGAAUAGUGCAGCUGUAGGCGGUAGCGUUGCCACGCCUAGCACACACAUCAACAGCAACAGCAACAACUAUAACAGCAGCAGCAACAGCAACAACAACCGCAGCAGCAAGAACAACAACAACAACAACUAUCAGUCCUCAUUCAUGCCAUCUUGGUCAAAUUGGUUUUUCUAAUUGAAGCCGAUACGCACCGUCUGGUGAAUGUCCUUUUUA